CUGAAGCAAGAUCAGUCGUCUUGUUUAUUUCUUCCACUAAAAAUCACUAGAGGAAUUCUAUUAAAACAUUUUGAUCAAAAUAUGAGCAAAGCGAGAUGGCAUCUGUCAUUUACGAGAAGAAUGGAAAUAUAGUUGGAAGUUGGUAUCCAACAAGUUACCAUGGCCACUUUAGAAAUCGGCCACGAUCCGAUUACAGCAUUCCAUUUCGGCAAAGAGCAAAACCUUCUCCACCACAGAAGUUUCUCAACCAAUCAAAACAUCGCUCAAACAGUCACCUUUUCUCAAGACAUGACAACAGACAUGCUCAUACAAAUGAGGGAAACCUAGAGGCCUAUUUUGGCAUGGGUCUUGGCAAGAGAAAAACCAACAAUUACCAAUGUAAUAAAAAUACCAGAGACCUUCUAACAUGGUCUGACUGCCGUGAACCAUUCAUAUCAACAUAUCGUUCACAGUACUCUCUUUCACCUACUCCGCAAGAGCCAUGUAAUGUCAGCGAACCUUUACAUGUUCGAGGUAAUCUAGGUACACAGCGAAGACAACUUCGAGUUCACUCGACUAUACCACCCAGAGCAAAAACUGCACCAUUGUUAGCAUGGAAUUCCACAGAUGACUUUCUUGAAGUUAAACCACUAGUGGGUUGCCGGAGCAACCGUUAUGCAGAUCACACUGCUUCUCAGAACUCUGUCUAUAGUCUCUCAUCAAUUUCCCCGAAACGAAAUCCAAUUCAUAAUACUGUGGUUCAAGAAACUGUAACACCACUAAAUAAUACUGUGUAACUUUGCGACAGCAACAGUUUCAUUUUGUGGUUAUUAAUUAUUUAUUACCUGAGAUACAACUUUUAGUGCCUAAUACAAUGGAAAGAAUAUCAUUGAAUUUUAUCAAACACAACUUUGCUACCAUGCUCCUUGUUAAACCCAGGGCAAUAACCUAUGGAUCCUACAUUUAUAACCCCAUUUUGUGAAUGCAUGUUCCAUGAACUGACUGCCAUGACUUGUGCAUUUCAAUGACAGCCAAAUUCAGCUGGUGUUGGAAAAAGAGUGAAGAGUAAAAUAGAAUGAAGAGUUACAAAUUCUAGCAAAUUGCUAUCUUGCUAGCUAAUGCAUUAAAAAAGAUUCUGAUUCCA